AUGAGCCCACCGUACCCCAUCUCUCCCACCAACAUGGCCAUUCCCGACUCCAGCUCCGCCGCCACGCCGAACAGACCAUACCCGCACAUUGAUGAUCUGAAAGAGAGGGCAAAGAUCAGCUCCGUCGACAAGAACCAAUCUCUCAACCACUUGCUCGCCGAAGCCGCAACCGCCGUCAAACAAGCCGAAAGUCUUGUCGAGUACCGCCGCCCCGAUCUUGCCUAUGUCGAAUACCUACGAGCCUUUGAGAUUGCUGUCGCCAUUAUACCCCAACAUGAACAGUACCCUAUCCUGAGCAGCCGCCGAGGCUCUCAGUUCAACCAGCACCAGUCCAUCCUCCGCAAGAUUAGUCAACUUGCCGACCGCUUCGACAAGAUCAAGGAAAUCAUCAUCAACGACAACAGGCGGAAUGCCACGCAAAAGGCCUCUGACCUGCCUGUCCGUCGCUCCUCGGUCCAAUCCUCACAUCCUGCCGUUACCAAUGGCAAUGCUGCCCUCGCCGAUCGCUUCGCCAAAUUGCGCAUGCAACCCGCUUCGGUAGACACUUCUCUUGCGAGCAGACGACUCGACUCACGCGCCUCUCUCACCUCAAGCAACGGUUCCAUCACUUCACCCACUUCCUAUAGUAAUCGCUCCUCGAUCGACUUCUCCAACUCCCCGUUCGCAAAUGGCUCCUCAGUCAGGCCUGUUGGUCCGCGGCAGAUGCCCAACGGUGCCCCAGGUCACCCGUUCGCGAAUCGCAUGACACUCGACACAUCCGUCCACGAUGCUCUACCCAUGGCUCCACCCACUGCCUAUAGUCCAGCACGCAACAUGAACACACCAAGUCACAUCGACCCUCCAAGGACCACUGCCCGUAGUAUGGUCGGAUCGGGUGGAAGGAACAACUCCGUCGCUUCGACCGCCUCCUCUUACGCCCCAGGAAACGAAGGUGAAGAAUCUGCAGGCUACUUUCCUCGCAUGUCACAAGAUCGACCACCGGCAGGUCCUCCUCGACGGAAGUCUAUACACCGUCCGACAGAAUUGCGCAUUGGACCCGAACGCCUAUACGAUUACCUCAAAAUGCACAGCGUCUUGUUGAUCGACGUCCGAAACCGACAAGAUUUUGACGAAGGCCACAUAUACGCUCAAUCUAUCAUCUGUAUUGAGCCAGCUGCACUUGAGCCCAACAUGUCUGCUGAGCAGCUCGAGGACGCACUCGUCCUAUCUCCGGAUGUCGAGCAGACCAUGUUCUACAACCGCCACAAGUACGACAUCGUUGUUUACUACGAUCACGACAUCUCGUCAGAAAGCUUCAUCCACCGUCCAACGUCAGAAAGAGAAAGAUAUUUGAAGUACUUAUACGACGCCCUCUACGAGUUCAACUCGGAAAAGCCUUUGCAGCGACCACCAAUCUUGUUGAUGGGUGGUAUUGAAGGCUGGGCAGAGUUGGUCGGCGAUCAAGCAUUGAAAAGAACCAACACUGUUGCGCAACAAAAAUCUGGCCGUCCAAUCAGAAGGGUACCAGUCGCCAGCAAGGAGUCCAGAUUAUACGUCCCCAAGAAGCGCUUACGAGAUUACAAUCCCCUGGACGCUGAAGAAGAGAGGAAAUGGCACGAGAGAGCUCGCGUCGAGAGCGUGGUUGUCGAACGGAAACCAUCUCUCGACGAAGGAGACGAGUCAUGGCAGGCCGAAAAUGGCACACCGUCCUAUCAGUCUAUUGAGGAGUUCGUCCGUCGGUUUCCUGAAGCCGGUACGCUCGAGCAGCGAUACGGAGUUCAAGAACAUCCUGCGUCAUUACUACCGGCACGACCACAGCAAGUACCGUCAUACCCAACACCUCCUCCGAAAUCAGCCAUGCCCUCAAUCCCAUCUAGACCGGUUCCUGCUGCAGCUCGUGUGUCAUAUAGCGGUGUUAGUGAUCACCGUGCUGUGUCGGCUCAGAGCACUGGUUCUACAUCUACAGAUCUACCACCAUACAUCCCUCCGAAGUACUUGCCCUCCAACUUGCGACUACCACGGACAGGUCUUGUCAACUUUGGCACUUUGGUGCAGCGAGACAACUGGAAAGGCAGCAAGGGUGUGUUACCCGAGCUAUACGCAAACUUGAUAAGGAGCAUUUGGAAAGGAGAUGUCGAGGCUAUUCGGCCAAGUACAUUACGGUCGUUCUGUGCUCGUCUCAACAGCGAGUGGGGUAUCGAUCGCCAGCAAGACGCAAAAGAGUUCUUCGAUUUCUUGCUCGAUUGUCUGCAUGAAGACUUGAACAAGAACUGGUCCAAAACACCGCUGAAAGCUCUGACAGCAGACCAAGAAGCUACACGUGAGAAAAUGCCCAAGCCGAUAGUCUGCCGAACCGAAUGGGGAAGAUAUACACAUCGCGAGCAAUCUUACCUUACACAACUCUUCGGCGGUCAACAUGCUUCCCGCCUGCGAUGCACAACCUGUCACUUCACAUCCACCACAUACGAGGCAUUUUACAGCAUUUCAGUCGAAAUUCCACGCUCUGGCGUUUCUAGCAUUCAAGACUGUCUGAGGUCGUACUGCGCAGAAGAAAGACUUUCCGGCGAUGAAGUCUGGAAAUGCCCACGUUGCAAUCGUGAACGCGAGGCCACAAAACAAAUAACCAUAACCCGCGCGCCCCAAUUCCUGGUCGUCCACUUCAAACGAUUUUCUGCUGGUAGAGGCGAGUCUGCUCGCAAAGUCCGUACGCCCAUCGAUUUCCCUCUCAAGAACUUGGAUAUGUCGCCGUAUAUGCUCCCUUCACCCACAGAACAAGAUUCUCAUCUCAUCUCCAAGCAAUACGGAGUUGAUGCUCUGAAGUCCGAUCCAACCAUGCAGUCGCCGUAUUUGUAUGACGCCUACGCAGUCAUGAGACACAUUGGCACCACCCUCACUUCUGGCCAUUAUACGUGUCUUGCCAAAGAUCGAGCGAGGAAUUGCUGGAGACAGUUCAACGAUACUUGGGUUGGUGACUUUGAUCCCGAAAGGUUGAGUGAGAGGGAUCGGUUGCAGAACGAGAUGGCGUAUAUAAUAUUCUUUGAGCGAAAAUCGGGUAGUUGA